CAAUUUACCGACUUCCUGAGGCACCGAUAAGGUCAAAUGUAGUCGUGGUUCAAAUAUGAACUUGUUCGGUGUUUUGAUUUGCAUCGUCUUCGCGUUCCGAGAGUCGAGAGCCUCGAAACUGCCUCACAACUGCCCCUCGGUAACGCUCACAAACGGCAUAGUUGAUUACAGGCGAUACGAAGAUGGCGCGUUACACGCGAUUUAUCGAUGCAAUGCGGGUUAUCAAAUAGCCAGCGGCCCGUCGAGUUGGUGCCUGGGUAACGGCUGGCCUUUCCAUCCUAGGUGUGUUCGGCAGGGUUGCAAGGCGAUGAAACCAAUUGUUAAUGGGUUUGUUCGGUCUCUGAUAGACAAUGCGGUGCUGUAUUUUGUAUGCAAGUUUGGGUACGAGCUGAAGGGGGCGGCUAGAUUGUACUGCGACGGGGAGCGAUGGGACAAGUCGCCGCCGACGUGUUCGGGUAAGUUGUGAAUGCAGAAUUUAUGA